AAAGGCAGUGUGAGCAGGAAGUCCUCAAAAUCUUCAAUAACCCUGACAUUCAAUAAUUCAUUCAUUCUGAGGACAACAUGUUUGUUGAGACUCGUCUUGUUACACUCUUUAAACAGAACUGGCAGCACACCCUGACAUAUUGGAGUGUGUUCUUCAGUUUUGGACUCUGUAUAGCAUUCCUUGGGCCGACCAUAUUAGAUCUGAAAUGUCAGACCAACUCAACGCUACAGGAGAUCACUUGGGUUUUCUUCUCACAGCAGAUAUGUCUACUUAUUGGCAGCUCGAUUGGUGGCGUUUUCAAGAAAACGUUGCUCAGUGCUCUUUCUGCUCUCUUCCUGUCUUCGCUCCUCAUUUCUCUGAUCUUUGCCAUCAUUCCUCUCUGCUACAACGUACUGCAAUUAGCCAUAGCCAUGGCUGUGUCAGGACUGUCAAUGGGUAUCAUUGAUACAAUUGCAAACAUUCAGCUGGUGGCUCUUUACAAGAAAGACUCUGCAAUUUUCCUACAGGCAUUGCACUUUUUCAUCGGCUUUGGUGCUCUUGUGAGCCCUCUGAUCGCAGAUCCAUUCCUUACGGAGCAUUGUCACAGUAUAAACAGCACAGAGAACGAGGCAAUAAUGCACCACUUCAGACACAGUCUGGCAGGCCUCAGGAGCCCGAUGCUUCUCAACCGCUCUGGAGAGCAUUCUGGAGGAGUCACAGAGCAGUCCAGUGUGUCGUAUGCUUUCUGGAUCAUGGCUCUAAUUAAUCUGCCAGUACCCAUUGCAGUGUUUGUGCUAAUGUACUGCAAGAAGCUGAUCCCUUGUUGUACUCCAGGUCUCUUGGACAAAAAUGAGCUGGCCAUGCAGACCAACACAACUGAGGCACAAGAGCAAGAAGCGGGAGGUCAUGGAGACGUUUUCAGCUGCUGUGUGAAUGGUAACCUCCGUGAGCUUCCUGUCUCGUUCUUUGGAAUUCAUAUUCUGGGAGGCCUGGUCCUCUUUAUGACUGAUGGCAUUGUGGGUGCCUAUGCUGGUUUUGCGUACACAUAUGCUGUGACGUCUCCGAUGUCACUGAAUGCUAAAACAGCUGGCUAUUUACCGUGUAUCUUCUGGGCUGCUAUCACUGGAGGAAGGCUGAUAUCCAUUCCACUGGCUUAUCGCUUCAGACCAGUGUACCUGCUCGUGUUUAGCCAGGUUGGCGUAAUAGUGACUGUAUUGCUACUGCUGAUUUUUUAUACUAGUAGCAUAUUCCUGUUUGUGGGGACAUGUUUACUUGGUCUUUUCCUCAGCAGCAUCUUUCCAUGCAUGCUUGCUUACACUGAGGACGUUCUAGACUACAAGGGAUGUGCCACCACUGUCAUAGUGACCUGUGCUGGAAUGGGUGAAAUGGUCCUACAGGUCGUGGUUGGAUCGAUCAUUCAGACAGAGGGCAGCUAUAGUUUCCUCCUCUGUGGCAUGAUUGCUGGGUGUAUUGGGUUUGUUCUCUUCUUUGGCCUCAUGCUGUGUCACUACUUCCACAGAAACUACAUCAGAGGAACAUCUAAAAAGCCAGCUAAGGUGGAGCAACCAGACCCAGUGGAGAUACCAACUGAAGCCCCAGAGAGGGAAGAUGAGAAAGCAGAGCAGAAAACAGAGGAGAAAAUAUGGGACAAAUUAGAGAUAAAAACAGAGCAGAAAAAAUAAGAAAGAUAAUAAUUUCUAUAAAUGUAAUUUUGAGCGACUGUUUCAAACUCUCAUACUAACAUACAGGCAAAGUAAUACCUCAAAACACAAUGCUAUGAUCCAGUAGUUUCUUUUGGCAUGAAAUCAAAGUUAAAAUAUUCAAUAAGCCUGCAUAAUAUUAGUAUAACAUAGUCUUCUUAGUUGCAAGCUAAUGGAGUAAGCCUGUUUUCUGUAAAUCUCAUUCUGCUAUGUAUUACAGGAAGACACCACAGCGCAGGCUUGUUUAAACAGUUCCAGUAUUUUUUUAGUGAAAAAGCAGGAGUGUCUUACGAUGCCUGUCUGAUUUGUACUAGGGUCAAUAGACUACUGACAAAAGUUAGUAGUGUUGGAUCAUAUUUCCACUAUGUAUCUUUGUAUGUGCUGUGUGGUCCUAUUGCAUUGACCAGACUACUCUUCUUUUUGAAUUUUUCAUCUUAUUUAUUGUUGUAAAAUGUAUUUUGUAAAAUGUUUCUUAGGCAUUUCAUGUUAGUGAAUGUGGCUGCAUAUUGUCUCUAAAAUCUUGAUGAAUGGGGACCUGUUAUUCUUGAGAAAUUGUCCUUUUGUUGGUAUGUAGAUACUAUACAGUGGUUUUACUGUACAGUAAUAAACUCUUUUA